AUGGACAAAUCGGUCGAGUCCCAGGUGGUGCCAUCCACCGUUGAAAGAAACAAGGAAGCAACAAGAAAGCCAAGACAACGGAAGUGGUGGCAGCUUGGUGGCAAGGACAUCAGCCAUGUGUCUGUUGACGCGGACGUCGAUCUCGACUCCGAGACGUCGUCUUUCGAGCAGAACGGAAACUCACUCGUCAAGAACGUGAACAACGUCUUCGAGGCUCCGGAGGCUACGGAAAUCUACAAACCGAUCGAAGGGUUUGAGGGCACACAUCGUUUCGAUCCCUCGGCUGAGUGGUCUCCGGAAGAGGAGAAGGCUCUGGUCAGGAGACUCGAUUGGCGAAUUGCCCUUCCAGCAUGCAUCAUGUUCUUUGCACUCCAGCUCGAUCGAGGCAAUAUCACCCAAGCAUUGUCUGACAACAUGCUGAGCGAUUUGAAUAUGAAUACCAACGACUAUAACAACGGCAUGACCAUCUUUUACUGCUCCUUCUUGUUCGCCGAGCUUCCCUCUCAGCUUAUCAGCAAGAAGCUUGGCCCCGAUACCUGGAUCCCCAUCCAGAUGGUGUCCUGGAGCGCAGUUGCAGCAUCGCAGGCGGCAUUAUCCGGAAAAAACAGCUUCUUCGUCUGCCGGUUCCUGCUGGGCCUCAUUGAGGGGGGGUUUAUUCCAGAUACCAUCCUCUACCUGAGCUACUUCUUCACCAAUGCGGAACUUCCCAAGCGUUUGAGCUGGUUCUGGACAUCUUACCAAUCUACCCAGAUUGUGGGCGCGUUUCUUGCAUAUGGCAUCCUGCAUCUCCGUGGCCACGGCGGCAUCGAGGGAUGGAGGUACCUGUUCGCGAUCGAGGGAGCCCUCACCGGCCUGAUCGGGAUUUUUACGUGGUUGUAUCUGCCGGCCUCUCCGACUCAGACCGCCCGCAACGCCGCGGCCCGUAAAGGCGGCCGAAAGAUUUGGACCAAGGGGCUCCUCCGGCCGAAGAACGGCUGGUUCACAGAACGAGAAGAGGUCAUCAUGGUGACACGCAUCCUGCGAGACGACCCCGGCAAAGCGACCAUGCACAACCGACAGGGUCUCAGCUUCGACCUCUUCUGGUCGGCCCUGACGGAUUACGACAUGUGGCCCAUCUACCUCAUCGGCCUGUCGUGGACGAUCCCGAGCACACCUCCGCAGGCAUACAUCACGCUGACGUGCAAGGCGCUGGGGUUCGACACGUUCGAGACCAACCUGCUGACCAUCCCGGCGUACACGCUCUUCAUCAUCCAACUGUUGUUCUGGACGUGGGCGUCGGAGAAGAUCAACCAGCGCCUGCUCCUCGGCGUGAUCACCCAGUUCUGGGCUCUGCCCCUGCUGGUGGCGCUGGUGGCGCUGCCGCCGCAAUUCUCGGGCUCCAACUGGGCCAAAUGGACGCUGUCGACCCUCCUGGUGGGCUACCCGUACAUUCACGCGAUCCUCGUGGCGCUCACGUCGCGCAACGCCGGGUCCGUGCGCACCCGCACCGUCGGCUCCUCGCUGUACAACAUGGCCGUGCAGGCGUCCAACAUCUUCUCCUCGCAGAUCUACCGCAAGGGCGACGCCCCUUACUACUACACGGGCAACAAGGCCCUGUUGGGCGUCGUCGCCUGGAACAUCAUCGUCUUCAUCGGCGCAAAGAUCUACUACGUCCGCAAGAACGCCGAGCGCGACAACAUCUGGUACUCGAUGACCCGCGAGGAGCGGAUCCACUACCUCCGCACCACCACCGACAAGGGGAACAAGAGGCUGGAUUUCCGCUUCGGACACUGA